AUGCAACAAAGAAGUUCAAUAUCUACAUUUCUUCUGGCAUGGUUGCCGCUCGGGUGUUCUUUGCUGAAUGCGGCACCGAUAACUCGUCAAAGCAUUUCACUUUUCGUGGCUUUGGGCGAUUACUCGGUCAAUUUGGAAAAGCCAUUGGGAAUCAUUCUGGAAGAAAGAGGCACAGAGAAUAGCGGUGUACAGGUAAAAGAGAUAGUGAAGGGUGGAGCGGCCGAAUCGACCAGAAUGGUCCCAGGAGAUGUGCUUCUUCAAGUCAAUGAGAUCGAUGUGACAACCUAUGAUUUCGACAGUGUCAUGGAUUUACUGAUAUCUACGGAUGGAUCCAUAGAUCUGACAUUGGGAGAUGGAUUAGGGCAAAUGGAUAUGCCCAAAAAUGUCCUCAACUUUUUAACGUCCACAGAAGAUGCCUUUUUCGUGGACGCAGUGGUACGAGAAGCGGUACGAGAAUGUCGUCAACGAAGCCGCAAGCUUGGCGAUCUACUGCAAGUCGAGGUUAUUAUUGGGGCUGGGGUCAGAGACUCGCGAGGACAAGUGCGUUUCUUUGCCAUUUUCUCCACGGAUGGUGUGUCGACGUAUAGCUGUAACAUGUCGGCUACGGGUGUGCGACAAAACGAUGAGAGCAUACGGAUUGUCGCGUUGUCAUGUGCCAAAGAUGAAGGUCUUGGACAAACGUUGGAGCUGAUUAGAGAGGAUUAG